CUCUGUUCAGCGUUGUCGGUCUUGUCGCCUCCAGUAUGGACGACACACUUCAGCCGCUCCUUCUCAACUUUAAGUCGGCUCUUUUUUUUAGCCUUCUCCCUCUUGUAUGAUCCGCGGGUGGACGUCUGAGCGGAUUACGCCCGAGCCGAAUUUGCCGUGAUCUGAAUUUCAGCCCAGAAAAUAUCUUUUUUUUUUUUUUUUUAGUGUUUGUGGGAAGAAGAGCAACAUGCCUGUCCCAACUCUGUUGCCUUUCACCGCCACUCCGAGUCGGAAGUCCGCCAGCCAGACCUCCUUCAGGUUGACGGAGAAAUUCAUCCUGCUUCUGGUCUUCAGCGGUUUUAUCACGCUGUGUUUCGGAGCUAUCUUCUUCCUGCCGGACUCCUCCAAGCUGCUCAGCGGAGUUUUCUUCCAUUCGUCCGCGGUGGAGACCAACACUCGCACGGGUCUGGACGGCGUCGGUGAGCCCGGCGUGCCGGGAAGCGAGGAGAAGGUAUUGGCCAAGAUCAAGAAGGACCACGAAAAAGCUCUGCUGGAGGCCAAAGAUACUCUUCAGAAACGUCCCGAUGAAAUCAAACAGGACAUUUUGAAGGAGAAGGAGAAAGUUGCCAAGGAGAGUUUGGGUCAAGGUGGGAAGACGACCAAUGAUUUACCUUACAUCGAGUACCGGCGGCCCCCGGGGGCCACUGGACACGAACCCCUGGACCCUGCCACAAAGGACAGACGGGGGAAAAUCAAGCAGAUGAUGAAACACGCGUGGGACAGCUACAGACGUUACGCCUGGGGUUCCAAUGAGCUGCGGCCCGUCUCCAAGCAAGGCCACUCCAGCAAUCUGUUUGGAAGUAUCAAAGGAGCGACCAUCGUGGACGCUCUGGACACACUUUACAUCAUGGAAAUGUUUGAGGAGUUCGAUGCCGCCACUGACUGGGUGGAGAAGAACCUCGACUUCAAUGUGAAUGCCGAAGUGUCUGUCUUCGAGGUGAACAUCCGCUUCGUCGGAGGUCUGCUGUCGGCAUACUACCUGUCUGGGAAAGAGGUUUUCCGUAGGAAGGCAGUGGAACUAGGUGAAAAGUUGCUUCCAGCCUUCAAAACGCCCACUGGCGUCCCAUGGGCUCUGCUGAACCUCAAAAGUGGAAUUGGCCGAAACUGGCCGUGGGCGUCUGGUGGCAGCAGCAUCCUGGCAGAGUACGGAACGCUGCAUCUGGAGUUUGUGCACCUCAGCAAACUGUCGGAAAACCCCGAUUUCGCUCAGAAGGUAAUGAAAAUCCGCAAAGUUCUGAAUCGCUUGGAUAAACCACAUGGACUGUACCCCAACUACCUGAACCCAAACAGUGGCCAGUGGGGUCAGCAUUACGUGUCUGUGGGCGGUAUGGGUGACAGCUUUUACGAGUACCUGCUCAAAGCCUGGCUCAUGUCUGACAGGACUGAUGAGGAGGCUAAGAAGAUGUACUAUGAUGCCCUGCAGGCCAUCGAGACCAACCUGAUUAGGAAGUCCAGCGGCGGGCUGACGUACAUCGCCGAGUGGAAGGGGGGCCUGCUGGAGCACAAGAUGGGUCACCUGGCCUGCUUUGCGGGCGGCAUGAUUGCACUCGGAGCUGACGGGGCGCCAGGUGACAAGACGGGCCACCAGAUGGAGCAGGCCGCCGAGAUCGCGCGAACCUGUCACGAGUCUUACUCUAGAACUGCAUUAAAGCUGGGCCCGGAGGCGUUCCGCUUCGACGGAGGUGUGGAGGCCAUCGCCACUCGACAGAAUGAGAAAUAUUUCAUCCUGCGUCCCGAGGUCAUCGAAACCUACAUGUACAUGUGGAGGUUCACCCACGACCCAAAGUAUAGGGACUGGGGCUGGGAGGUCGUCCAGGCCUUGGAGGAGCACUGCAAGUUGGAAGGCGGCUACAGCGGCAUCAGGGACGUCUACGUUUCUACGCCCAACUAUGACGACGUGCAGCAGAGCUUCUUCCUGGCGGAGACGCUCAAGUAUCUCUACCUGCUUUUCUCCGAUGACGACCACAUUCCCUUCGACCACUGGGUCUUCAACACAGAGGCCCACCCUCUGCCCGUCAUCAGGAGCCAGCAGACGGAGCAAAACAACGAGGUGGAGUAGCAAGAACCUUGGACCUGGUAGACCUGAGCCAACAUUUGGAAUUUCUCCUAACUGGAAAUUGUAGUUUGGUUUUUUAAAUGGAUCAAAGUGGUCUUUCACUUCGGUUUGUCUUCUGUUGGAUAUUUCACCCUCCCAAGGGGGUCCAAUGUUUUCUUGAGGCGUGGCGACUGCGGCAGAUGUGAAGCCAACGCGAACCUCCAAAACAUUUUUUUAAAGGAGGAAGCCAUCUUUGUUUACACCCCGUCUUCUCCUCCUUCUGCCGUACCGUGUCAGUAUCGAUGGGGAACGACACAUUUGUCGUUUGGCCUUCAAGACGGAUAUUAGACCUUUCUAUGAAAAAAAGGAUGUCUUUUAAGAAGGAGGCGUGGCUUGGGAUUUGUAGCCCAACCCCCUCACAACCUGCCGGUAACGACACAUCCUGUGAUCGUGUUUACAAGAAGAGACGCCAUCUUCACUCAGCGUGCGAUUUUACGUUAAGCAAAUGUAUCCACGGAUAACUGCUGAUGCGGCUACUUUCACAAUGCUUGUCAAAAGACAAAAACCAACACUUGAGGGCGGGGGUGUCCAAACCACAUACAGAAAAAAGGAUUUCAUAUUCUCCACUUUUUUUUUAUUCAAAUCAAAGUACCUAUAGAAGUUGAAUAUUUCUGUAGCUGACAAAGCACAUAAAUAUUCAUGAUAUCAUUGUAAUCAUUUUUAUUUAACUUUUUUCUGAACUUUUUGUUUUCUUUGCAGGCCUUUUGUCGUUAUUUUUAACCUUCUUAUAUAGUUAAAAUUGUAACUUUAAAAUAUCAAAGUGGUCCCUGCGUCCUUUGAUGUUUAGUAUCUGGCCGUCUGUGGAGUAUGUUUGGACACCCCCGAGUUACACCCAAAGACCUCGAUGCCCAGCGAGGUACGCAGUGGUCGUCUACCCUGCAUCGUGAUGUAAUGUGUUCCUAAUGUUUUGGCCACUAACAUCAACAUAUUUUCCUCCGUUUGACUACUUGUUGGUUUUAGUCUUUUUAUUGAAGGAAAACUUCAUUGUGCUCUUUUUUUUUGUCCUACAAAUUCCAGUUUGAGUAACAGUACCCACUUGUUAUUUUUUUUGGCCAUUUUUGUUUUGGGAUGCCGGUCUUCUUAUUUAGGAGGUCUUUCUCCUCUAUGAAGAGACACACACAUGCAGGAAGCCAUAAUGUCCUGUUCUUGUAGUUCUGCUUCUCUCCACUGGGGGGUGCCACAUUACUCGCCAGAUGUUGGUUGUUUUUUGUGCCUUCGCUUAGAAAGUUGCUGCGCGAACUACAGCUGCUGAUCAUUAGCGCUACUGUAGCUUUACGAGAAAGAAUGCUCCCAAAACAAAACACAACAUUCAUCUUCGCGUGGUAGUUGGUGCUGAUGUGUUGAGGCCAGUAUUGAAAAGGUGUACAACACUGACAUCUGGUGGUAGUAAGGCUGCAUUACAGUGGAUCAUGUCAUGUAUUUCUUUGAAGGCACUAUCAAAUGUGUUUACACUAGAAAACACGUCCUGAACUCGUUAGAUCCUGUGAUCAUUCUCGAAAUAAACACUUUGUGUUUUUAGUGCAAUGUUUGCACCACCAGGGGGCAGCAGAGGACCAAUAAUAGAAGCAAAAUUAUAACAAUACGCAUAAAUGAUAAUUUUGAUCUUAACGGCAGGCUUUUUGUUUUGUUUUCCAUUUGAAUAUACCUAAUGAACGGGAUCAUUUCACUUGUUUGCGUCAUCCGUUUUGUUAAUAAUGUGAUUGACGAGAUUGUAACCGACGAUUCAUUUGUGUCGACUUUUUGUUUGUGUCCAUGCAAUGAUGCUUUUAUUGUGGUAAUUUAUUCAGGACGUGUUGUUGGUGUUGCAGCGCCGCAAACCGACCACCAGGGGUGCUCUUGCUGCGCUCUACGCAGUACCAAUGUGAUCAUUUAAGGAAUUAGUAGCGUUAGCAGCACAAAUAACAUGUUGGUUAAAAGUGACGGCAGGAACAAGUGAGGAGUAAAAAAAAGUCGUGAAUGUACUGUCAAAUGUUUUCCUUUCAUCUCAGAGCACAAAUAAGAACUUUUUGAUCUUCUCGUUUUUUAAUCUUUUUCUUCGCCAUUCGUUGUCCUCUGUCAGACAGCGACCUCUACUGUUCAUACAAGAAAUGAAACAUCUUCCCUCACUUUUUCAAGGCGUUCACGUUUCAACUCAAAGUCGCUUUAAUUCGUUUAUCAUUAAUAGAUUUGAUGCUUUUAGCGUUGAUGAUCAUUUAAGUUAGUGAAGUUAACUUUAAUUAUAGUUAAUUAAUAUAAAUAUAUAUUUUAUAAAUGUAGUUUAGAAAAUAUGUGUAAUUUAAAAGAAAAAUUGGAAACAUGCAUAUGACAUUCAUUUUUGAAGUACCUUUUUUCUCUAAUUUUGUUUUAGAGGAAAUAUAACUUUUGUUUAUUAGUAAGGAAUAUUUUGUAAAGUCUUUAUUUUAUUGUCAUAAGACAAUUUUUUCUGUUAAAUUAAUGAAUACAUUAUGUUGAUGUGACAACAAUCAUUCCAAUUCCCAUAGUUAUGUUUUUGUUUGGUCUUCAUAUGCAAUAUUGUUCAUUUAUGGGCAAAUGUGUGUGUGUUAUUAUUAUGAUUAUUGUGAAUAUCAUGGCGAAUUAUUGUAAAUAUUAUGUAGUGGCACAGAGGCCACUGGACAUUUCUAUAAAGAUCUUAAGUGGAUUCAAAUGAGAUUAAUGCGCUGGAGACUUUUUAAUAAACUAUAUUUGUUACACUUCUAUUGUGAAUUUUAAAAAAAAGACCUUUUAUGAUGUG